GAAAUAUGUGGGACAGUGUGUUUAAAAUAUAUUUUAUUCUCAUACUUUCAUUGGGUUUGACAGACAUUAUUUGUGGGAAAAAAGGGAAAAAAGUUGUGCCUGCUAAGGAUGAGGUUAAAGGGUGGGACAAAGUAGCAAAAGUAGCGCUCCCCAACAUUGUGCAGUCUGGUUUGAAACGAACCGACGAAAUAAUCAAACUAGAAGGUUAUGAGGCUUAUAGUUAUAUCGUGAAGGUGUCAGCCGGACGUGAGCCAAUCAAAUUGGAAAAUUCUACAAUUGAUUCGUUUUAUAUAGAAAUAUUUCGACUCAGACAUCCAGCGAAAAAGGAAAUGAAAAAUAUGCCAGUUGUAUUAUUGAUGCAUGCCUGUACAGGGAGCUCAUCAGAUUUUGUGUUUGGGGGCAAGGAAGAGAGUUUGGGAUUCCAUCUGGCUGAUGCGGGAUACGACGUGUGGCUUGGUAAUUUCAGAGGAAAUAUAUAUGGUGGACUGAACCAGUACCGGAAUGAUACAGAAUUUUGGGAUUUUAGCUUUGAUGAGCACGGACUUUUCGACCUACCAGCACAGAUUGACUAUAUUCUAAAAAAAACGAAGCAGCCAAAACUGUAUUACAUUGGAUUCAGUAUGGGCGCUACGGCUGCCUACGCUCUUCUAUCAUCCAAAACAGAAUACAAUGAAAAAAUUGAACGAAUGGUACUUUUGUCACCUGUCGUUUAUUUGAAUAUAAGCGAUAUCACCUUCCCACCAGAAGUGACUAAAUUUUUUCACUCACUUUCUAAUAAGGUGGCUCAUGAGACUGAGGUACAUGAUUUUUUCUAUUGGAAGGGCCCACUAAUGGGCUUUGACAAUCCAAAAUGUUCAACUGAAGAAUUCAAAUCGUUCUGUGCCUUAGGAAUGAAAUCAUUGUCAUCUGAUCAUAAAUCAUUGUUAAAUAGUGAAUUGAGAAAUAAAUUCUACAGUGUUGCACCCAUUGGAUCAUCAUAUAAGACACUGAGUCACUACUCAAAUAUAGCAAAAUGGGCAAAAUUCAAACCGUUUGAGUACGAUUGUAACAAAAACCAAAGGGUAUAUGGAACGGCAAAUGUGAAAGAAUAUUCUCUAGAGAAAGUGAACGUUCCUACCCUACUGCUCGUCGGGCAAAAUGAUAAAAUGUUCAGCAAUAGAGAAUAUUUGGAAAGUCUUAAAUCGAAAUUGGAAGGACCGUCAUACAAUAUGAGAGAGAUCCCUUUUGUGAAGACAAAAUACAUCACCAAUAAACAUUUCAUGCACGCUGAUAUGUUACUCGCAAAAAAUCUGAAGAAAUUGGUAUUCAAGCAUGUCUUGACUUACUUGCAGAAUCCUGACUCAAUCGUCUCCGACCCUUGAAUCAAAAAUCUGGUGUGGCGUACUCACACAACUUUCCUUGCCGUUAUGAAAAUUGAUCACCUGACGCUAGUGUUCACGUGCAUCUCGAGUCUACCAUUCAAAGAUCUGAGCCAGCUGGU